CAUCACUCAUCAAACUUCUCAAAUAUAAACAAACAAUAAAAAAUGACAACCUAUGCCACCGUUUUGUUUCUCCUCUUUGUCAUGUUCAUAACCACUUCCUUUUGUCUCCAAGAAAUGGAGAUUCUCCAAAUGGCCAAAACACAAGUUUCACAAGCCAUGAAUUGGGUUGAUAACUCUUUGAAGUUGCAUGGCUUGGAGAGUGUGAGUAUGGUCUCAUCAUUGAAUCAAACAAGUGGUUUGGGUUUGAGAGAUUGUGCUAAACUUUAUGAGGAGAGUGAGUUUAGACUUAGGGAUAUGAUGGUUGGAAGAAGGGGUUAUAGUAGAGAUGAUGCUCUUAUUUGGGUGAGUGCUUUGAUGACAAAUCAUAGGACUUGUUUGGAUGGGUUGAAGGAAAAAGGGUAUGUUGGAGAUAAUCAUGUUUUGGGUAGAAACUUGACAAGUUUGCUUGGCCAAAUGCUUGUUUUGUAUUCAAAUAACAAAGUCAAAGGCAAAGAGCAAUCUCAAAGAAUUACAAUAUUAGAAGAAAACAAUGGACUUUUAGAAUCAUGGAGUGUUGCAAACCAUGAAGCAGAUUUCACAGUGGCACAAGAUGGUUCUGGAAAUUAUAGAACAAUAAAAGAAGCAGUGGAUGCACUUGCUUCAAGGGGGCAUAGUCGUCCUUCAAGAGUUGUUAUACAUGUGAAAGCAGGAGUGUACCAUGAAAAAGUUGAGAUUGGAAGUAAGUUGCAUAAUGUUAUGUUUGUUGGAGAUGGAAUUGACAAAACUGUUGUCACUGGAAAUAGGAAUUUUAAGAGUGGUUCCAGCACUCUUAACUCUGCCACAUUUGAUGUAUCAGGGGAUGGAUUUUGGGCACGAGACAUGACAUUUGAGAACACAGCCGGACCACAAAACCACCAAGCAGUAGCCCUGAAGGUAAGUUCAGACUUAUCAGUCUUCUACAGAUGCAGCUUCAAAGCCUAUCAAGACACACUCUACCUAUUCUCGAAUCGACAAUUCUACCGCGACUGUCACAUCUACGGCACAAUCGACUUCAUAUUCGGGGACGCGGCCGCCGUACUCCAAAACUGCGACAUUGUCGUCCGAAAACCAAUGAGUUACCAAUCAAACUUCAUCACAGCUCAAGGACGCGACAAUCCCAACGAACCGACCGGAUUUUCGAUACAAAACUGUCGGGUUAGGCCGGAUUCGGAGUUUGCUACGGUGAAGGGUUCUGUGGAGACUUAUUUAGGUAGGCCUUGGAAGAAGUAUUCAAGGACAGUGUUUAUGAAAAGUGAUUUGGAUGGUUUGGUUCAUCCUAAAGGGUGGGGUGAAUGGGAGGGGAGUUUCGCGAUUUCGACUUUGUUUUAUGGGGAGUAUAUGAAUACUGGAAAUGGUGCUGCUACUGGAAAUAGGGUUAGUUGGCCUGGUUUUCAUGUGUUGAAGAGUGUUGAGGAAGCUUCUCCUUUUACAGUUAGUAGGUUUUUGCAAGGUGGGAAUUGGAUUUCAGCUUCUGGGGUGCCAUUUGAUUCUGGAAUUUGAAUUGGGAAAAGAACUUAUGUAUUAAUAAUAAUAUGCUAUAUAGGAGUUAGUUUAAUAAUGUGAAUGUUAGUUUCAAAUCUUCAUUUUAUGAUUAAAUGGAUUCGUGCGAAAGCCAUUAUAUUCUCACUAAAAAACCCGGGAAGUCUGAUGCUGGUAAAAGACAAGCAUUUCCUAGGUUGAAAUGUAAAAUAAGUGAUCAACACAAGAAGCUAUAUGAAAGUUGACGCGUGAUGAGGUAAAGUAAGGAUUAUCAAACUUUCAAAUCAGAGUAAAUUUAAGAAUUUUGAUUUAUACCACACCAACAAACAAUAUUUAAGUUGAUCGACAUCAACUUUUGCUGAUUAUUGUGUCAAAAAUGUUUGGAGUCUUUGAAGUUCUGCAUAAAAUUCCUAUUUUAGAAA